AUGGAGUCGAAGCUGUUGGUGAGAUUCGAUGUACAAUCUAUGUACACAAACAUCUCAGGAGAGAAGGCGGUAAGCGCCUUGCUGGAGAUAUUGGAGCGAGAAGAGGACAUCAUGGAGGCAGAACGAAUACGGAAA